AUGAAUGACAUUAGGAGCCCAAAUUUGGAUGCGGAGAUCAAAACAGUCCUAAGAUCCGAGAGUACAAGAGGCAUUGUUAGGAACUGCUUACAAUACGAUCGACCUGCGUCCCCCUCGACGCAAUCUCGUGCUUUCACCAUGCGAGCUACGCGAUGCUUGUCCAGCGUCAUCACAUAUGCUUUAUUUACCUCCGUCGCAUUCGCAAGAAGGAAAGUGACUUCGGAAGCCCUCUACCAAUUUGACGAACCGACAUGGAUAGAAAACUUUGCUGUGAGAGCUAAUGGGCUUGUCUUGCCAGCAAGGGCUACUUCGGCGAUCUUGACAGAACUCAAUCUCGCGGAUGGAAACCUGCGGACCAUUGCAAACGAGAGUAGCUUUGGAAACGCUAUCAUGGGGAUUACGCAGGUGGCUCCGGACUUCUUCGCCAUGAAUACCAUGUAUUGCGACCUGACAAUACUCUCUGUGAAUCUUCGCGAGGAUGUGCCAAUCAUCAAGAAGAUCGCGGAAGGCCCCUCAUCAACCAGCGUCUUGAACGGAAUGGCGGCCUUGAAUUCAGAGACUGUCCUCAUCGUAGAUCAAGCCUUGGGUGGUAUAUGGGCCAUCUCGCUCUCUAACAGAAGUCCCUCAGCGCUCAUUAUCAAAGACGAAAGCAUGCUCGAUCCUAACAACACAGCUAAUGGCGUAAAUGGCAUCCGCGUGCGACCAGGCAUCCUCUACUUCAAUAAUCCCGCCCUGGGAACUUUUGCGCGAAUGCCAAUCGACCCUGAGUCGGGUGUGAAAACGGGAGACGCGAAGGUCAUUGCGUCUGGGCAGGAGCCCGAUGACUUUGAGAUAGACGAGCGGAGAGGCGUAGCAUAUCUCACGAAUGGACCUGCCGAUACGCUGCUUGAAGUUGAUUUGGAGACUGGAAGGUAUGAGGUCGUUUUGGGGGGCCUUCCUGGUCCUACGACGGUACGAUGGGCAAAUGGGCAUGGGGCCCUCCACGGAGCGAUGUACGUGGCGACGACAGGAGGAUACCCGCAGUGGCUGGACGGAAAUCCGACCGUUGGUGGGGCGAUAUACAGAGUACUGGUUGACGACUGCAUCGACGGGCAAUGUGAUGGCGCGAUGCGAGCGAAGGAGAUAGGUGAGCGCGAGGGGCUGCGUCUUGUUGCUGGGCGGAGUACACCCUCUGAACAGGGAGACUUCAAGAUGGUGGACGAAGGGCAAGAGCAGAAGGGGGUGCGCAAGUACGACGACAACGACGAGUUUGUGGAAGAUGGGGAGCUUGUCGAGAACAAGUGGAGGGCGAGAGAGCUUUGA